AUGGAUGGCUCCAUCCCUCCGUCGUCCGCUAUUUCUCCCAUUUCUCCCUCGCCAUCCACUUCCUCAUCCAUCUUUCGCCCCCGCAGAUCCGAGGACUGGCACGAGUACCGUCCGAUCAUCGAGCAACUCUAUCGUGACAAUCAAUUAAAGCUCAGAGAUGUCAAGAGAAUCAUGGAGCGUGAUUAUAAGUUUCAUGCAUCAGAGAAACAAUACAAAGACCGGCUGGCAGCCUGGCAUGUUCGGAAGAAUAUAAAAGCCAAAGAAGUUCAUGUGAUGAUUCGAAAACAACAAAAACGAGCUGCCCGGGGAAAACAGACUGGCUUUCGUGUCGCCGGUCAAGAAGUGGAUUCGAAACGUAUCGCUCGUUUCGUCCGUAGAUACGGUACUCACUGGGAUAACAAAGGUCGCGCCGAGUCUCAGUCCCAAUCUCCCCCUCAACUUCAACCUCAGUCUCAACCUGAAACCCAACCGCUGAACCAUCGGUCAAGCCCAGAGCCUGGUAGGUUGCUUCCAUGUGAUCACGUAUCUGUUGCAUCAGCUGUUCAUACAGAGCUAGAUACUCCGUCCGAUAUGAGUUGCUAUACGCCCGAGCCCGAUGCUAGAGAUAGAAGCUCGACUUUGUCUCCUCGACCAGAGACGAUGUCACCUCGCAGUGAGAUGACCCCAUCCUUUCCACUAGCCUGUACAACUCAUGGAAGCUUUGUCAAGCACUAUGAGUCUUGGCUGGAAAAAGAAACUUUGGUUAAUCAGAGCGCAGGUCACGAUAAGCUUAAGAUAGAACAAACUCCUGCUUCAGAGGUUGAUGAUAGCCAGUCUUUGCCGACAACAACUUAUAGCCCCAGCUUACCAAACGACACACCUAAAACCACGAAUGAUGUAUCAUGGAAGGAUCUUGAUUCCUUUCAGAAUCGUCUUCUCGCUCUCCACGACACUCUUGAGGCCUCGAUGGCCGGAUUUAUAUACCCUAAUGAAGAAGAAAACCGCACCCCCCUUUUAUGA